AUGAUGGCUGUGGACGGUUACAAGGCUUUUCUGGAGAGGCUGUGGGAUUGGAUUUGCUCACACAUGCCAGGUUUCGAUCAUCCAAUAGUGGUUCCUUUGGGGAAAGAAUAUAUUGUGAAGUACUCCAGAAGGUGUUUCCUUUUCACCACAGUUUUCAUAUGUAUCUUAUUGCCGCUCUGGAAUUCAAUAAGCCCAACAAAACGAGUGUUCAAAGUAACACAUUAUUUGAAGCAUAACGUAUUCAGAUCACAAAAAUGGAUUCAUCGGUCCCCUUUGUAUCAUAACCAGUCGUUUCAUCAGUUUUUAUUUUGGACUGUAGUUGUAUCAUUUUUCACAUUCUGCAAUUCGUAUGGGGAUCUUCUACAAGUUACCAAGAGAAUGGGCAGGAUUUCCGUCGCAUUGAUGCCACCUUUAUUAUUUUUGACAUCGAGGCCUUCGCCUUUGCCAGAGACAUUAUACUUGACUUUGAUACCGCUUCAUAAAUGGAUCUCCAGGGUUGUUGUGUUGGAGUCUUUGCUGCAUACCAUUAUCUACAUACGAUACAUGGCCAGAAAAAAUACGUUAUUCAAGCUGAAAAAAAUGGCCAACAUUUAUGGUAUCAUUGCUAUGGCGCUUUUCUUACUGAUUGGCAUCACAUCUUUGAAAAAAAUCAGAAGAAAACAGUUCAGAGUCUUCUAUAUCGUUCAUUACAUCAGUACUUGGUUAACGGUAAUUUUGUUACAUUUUCAUGCUCGUCCCGGUAUCCCGUAUUAUACUUUGUUGAAUUGUACAUUAUUGAUAUCACAAGUUGUGUAUCGAGUAUUACACACCAGAAGCACAAUCAUCACGGCAAUAAGUAUUUCACCGUCUUUGACAUUAAUUGAAUUUCCUGCCACUGAUCUGGCUAAAAAACCCAUAUUACCAGGUGGCCAUGUUAGGAUAAGCAAAUAUCAUAAAAAUUGGAUCAAAAGAUGGUUUUUGUCUUUUGUCCCUAUUCAACAUCCUUUCACGUUGGCGAGUUUACCAACAGAUCUUACUGUUAGAUUGGUCGUUAGAAAUGGCCGUUUUCCGCUGAUUUCAAAUGAAAAGUAUUACGUCACGGGUGUUUUUAAACCAAGAUUGACUUUUAUGAGUAAAACAGAAUUGCAAGACCUGGUGAGACCAUCAAGAAAAUCGCCAUUAUCAAUAUUUGGCUUGGGAAAAAAUAAAAGUUCAAGUAACCCACAUCGCAAUUCAUUGUCUUUAUCACCUUUGUCUUUCGAUGUUAAUGUCCGUAGAGUUUUAAUGUGUGUGGGCGGCUCUGCGAUCUCAUUUGCACUACCUUUAAUGAGAAUUCUGAAAUUCAAUGGUGUUAAUGUUAGGCUUAUUUGGGUCUCUAGAGAUAUCACAGAUUUGAAACUUUUAAAUCAUUUCAAGUUCAAUUUUGAUGGAAUGGAAAUUUAUAUUAGUAAUCUUUCUGGCAACGAAGAAGAAAUUGAAAUUGACUAUAUCGAAAACUAUGAUGAUAAUGAAUAUUUUGAUGAAAAUGUCGUACCCUCUUCUUCAUUCCGCUCGCAAGCAAAUGAUACUUCCACACUGUUAUCCAAGUAUUCAUAUGGUAAUAAUAAUCAUCUCGAUUCCCUAAAUUCUAAUAAUUAUGGUUCCAUCAGAAGACAAGGUUCUCUGGGGUGUAUCCGAAGUGUCGGUCAAGUAGAUCCUAAAGAUGAGGUCGAUUUUACCCAUGAAUUCUCAGUUCGCAAACAUAGAUCCACAAGAUCGCAAGAAAAUCUCAAUACAUAUAGUACUCAUACAUCUGCGUUUUUAUCUGAUGGUAACAUUUUCAGGAAACCAUCCAUCAUUGAAACGCCCAUCAGUGAUGAUCAAAAGAUAGCUCUCACGAAAAAGAAAUCGAACACCGGCAAGCCCGGAGAUGUUGAAGUAUCUGAUCUCAAACUAAAGAUACCUUCAGGCAUUCAAGUGUGCUUUGGAAGACCCACGCUGGGUGAUUCAGAUUACGCCUGGUGCCUAGAAAGAGAAUGUGAUAUGACCUCUGAAAUUGAUUUAAGCUGUCGGCUAACCAAUCAAGCUAAUACUGAAGUCGAUGAUUUGGCCCAAGUUGUUGUUAUCGCAGCCGGCCCGCCGGGUUUGAUUGAGACCACAAGACGGUUCGCCACAGAUGGCGGUCUUCAUUUUCAUCAAGAAGCCUACUCUCUUUGA